UGACAACACACACUCAUAUAAGCAACCAACAAAAGCGACCGUCCAGCAUUGGGAGGUAGAAGAAGAAGAUGAGAGUUGUGAUUUGUGAGGUGAAUUUCACUUGAGAUAAGAUAGAUUUAUUGCAGCCUGCAAGAAUGGAGAAAGCUCUGACAACAGUUGGGAGCUUAAAAGCUAGUACGUUUUGGGUUUCCAAGAAAGCCAAGGAAGAGAUCUCCAGCAUCACUCAGGACCUCUCUACCUUCUCUAAUACUGUUGAAGAAAAGGCAAAAUGGGUAUUCAACAAACUGAAAGGUAAGCCCCUGAAGUCCUUGCCAGAUCUCCUGCGAGAAUUCAACCUACCGCCUGGCCUUUUUCCCCAGAACAUAACUUGUUAUGAAUUUGAUGUGUCAAAGUCCAAGCUUAUUGUCUACUUGCCCUCUCCAUGUGAAGUUUGCUUCAAGGACUCAUCUGUUGUGAGGUAUGCUACACGGAUCAAAGCAACAUUGUCAAGGGGAAAGCUCACAGGAAUUGAAGGCAUGAAGACCAAGGUUCUGGUAUGGGUCAAAGUUACUAGCGUCAAUGUUGAGGGCUACAAAUCUGACAAACUCUGGUUUACAGCAGGGGUGAAGAAAUCAAGGCCUAAAGAUGCAUAUGAAAUGCCCCGUGAUGCAGUAAAAGUAGAAGAAUUUUGAGUUUGGAAAGAAAUCAAAGAUCCUGCUAGUUUUAUGUCAAUAAUGCUAUAGAAGCAUUUCCCUUUUUUUUUUUUUCCUUUUUUAAAUAUAGAUACAUUACCUUAUUCUUUGAUAUGUUCUUUAGUCUUCACGAACACAUAUAUGCUGAUCGAUAUAUGGAAACUAUUAAUGUUGUAUCAACCAUUAUCAAUUCUUGACAGAGUGAAAUGUAGUAUUUUAAA